AUGUUUUUGGAAAGUAAGGAAUAUAUGUCCGUUGACGGGACGGGACUACAAAUGCAGACUCUCGGAGAAUGGUUACGUUGGUUCUCAGCCGGGUUUCAUACACUGCACGGAAAACCACUUCUACUGGCAGAUCACACAGAUAUUUUAAGUUCCCGUAAAGUUUUGCAUAAGCUGCCUAAAUUUUCAGAAGUGCCUUCCCACGGAGUGCGGUUGCGCACGGAAGUGAUCACCUUGUGUGGCCCCCAACAAAUUCUCUCCGCACCUGCGGGCUCUGUUGGUCGGGAGCCCUUCAAUUCUUGCCAUCAUUUCUUUUCUCGUCCACCUAUCAGUUUUUUUUCUGACCGUUUUAUGAGUUUAUCUCUCGGACAAUUCACUGCUAUGGGGCAAAUGAUGGGACCCAAUAGCAACUGCGUCGGGGAAGGCCCCACAGAAGUCUCGACUCCAAGUCCUUCCACCUCGAAGGCAGAGCCGAAAAUGACAUUAUAUGAACACUUGCUCGUUAGUGCUGGGUGCGGCCUGUCCGGUAUGAUGACUCUUAUUCCUUUCCAGUUUUUGGUCGUGAUAUUGCCAAUCUCGUCUAAAUACUUCCUUGACGAGCAGGAGGUGGAAAACUCAGUGUUGGGUCUGUACCAGGCUGGUUGCGUCCUGGGCCUCUUUUUUAUCCUUAAGAUUGGCUCGCUUCACAAGUGGCUGAUUCAGGCGGGCCUCAUGAUCUCCCUCAUAUGCAUGGCGGCUGUCGCGCCUUGCCUCUUCUACGGGAGCGUCACCUCCCGAGUCACUUUGCUGCACAUUAUUCUCUUUUUCCUCGGUGUCUGUAACGCCUUUCUACAGGCUUCUGGUUUCGCCAGGGCCGCCAUUCUCCCCCGGAACUAUGUCGAUACAACGUCAAUAGGCCAAGCAACGGCCGGUGUAUUCGUGUUCAUUGUCACGGGCAUUCUCUUCAAUCGCAUCACCAUAGACGGAGAAAGUGACGCCAAGUACCUUAUCACAAUUAUUUGCAUACUCGCUGUGGCUAUGUAUAUCGUUUCUGUGCUUUUCAUGCACGUCUUCCUGAACGCACCGGUAUGCGUUCAGUCGGUCCAAAACGCGCGAGGCAGUUGGACCGACGAGAAGAUGCAACCAGGCCAUGAACUUACAAGUGUUGGAGAUUUAGAAGACGCAGGGAACAAUCAGAGCAAGGCAGGUUCUUUGGAUGAGACGCUGCUGCCUCCUCGUCCUUGGGGAACCAUUAUAAAGCAUUCUUUCUGGGAGCUUACCAGUGUGUUCCUCGUCUUCUUCGUUUCUUUCUCACUCUUCCCAAAAGUGGGUCCAAAUUCGUUCAACUUUGAAGGAAAGGAGCCAUCAAAUAUGGUACUUCUGUUUGGAAUGCAAUUCGUUGGCGACCUCCUCGGGCGUUCCUGUGUCAAGUUACCGGGGCUGCACUCGAUGUUCAGCUUCGUCUUCCUCCCCCGCCGAGCUACAAUUAUCGCGUCAUUUCUUCGCUUCCUUUUCUACGUUCCCUUCGUCCUGGCCAUGAAGAUGGAGAACGUGGCUGUGAUAAACAAUUUUGUGUGGUUGAUGAUCAUGCAGUUCUUACUGGCGUUCACUCUGGGCUGGAUUGCGACACUUGCGCUCAUUCAUUCCUCUCUCUCCGUUACGCGCUUCUCUGAAAAGGCACGCAUGGGCUCCCUUUCUACAAUUACUCUUGCGGUGGCCAUUGGUGUAGGAUUGUAUGUUGCACUAGCAUUCUAA